UUACAUUCAUUGAGCAAAUAAAGAUUUUUCUAUUCUUUAAGUAAUGAUAAUUGAUCAAAGUAAAUCUCUAAGCAGAUAUCUCUAUAAACUGGUAACAUUUCGAAAACAAACUUGUUCAAGUUGUUCGUACUUCGUGUCCGUGUGCCGAGUGCGGUGUGAUGAUGAACUUGUGAACCGGCGCGGCGUUGUGUAGUUGGCGUUUUAGUUUGUGUAAGGUUUUUUGUUAGCCUUUUAUUAAUUUCAAAUAUCACAAAUGAAUUAAUGAACUAAGAUCAGUGUGAACUUUUAAGUAUUUAGUUUUCUGUAGUGUAGUUUGUGGCAAAUAAGAACAAUGAUAAAAAACGAAAUGAAUGAGAAUGGCGGCGUCGACGCCAAUGUGUCACCGACCAAACUCAUGGUCAAUUAUAUUCCGGAGCUGAUGACACGUGAUAUGAUGUAUGCUCUCUUCUCGGCGAUGGGAAAGAUCGAGAGUUGUAAGCUUAUAGCCAACAGAGGGUACGGCUUCGUCGAGUAUGAGAAGCACGAGGAUGCUGAAAAGGCGCGGGCUGCUUUUAACGGCCUCCUAAUGCAGGGGAAGACUCUUAAAGUUUCAUUCGCGCUCCUCAAUCCAGAAAACAAAGUAAGCCAUAAGCCGGAUACAGAAUCGAAUCUCUACAUCAGUAACCUACCUCCAGACAUGACUUUGGAGCGGCUCAACAAUCUCUUUAAUCAAUUCGGUAAUAUAACUAACAGUCGCGUCUCGCAAGGAAUCGGUUUCGUGUGCUAUGAAGCCAGACAGCAAGCAGAGGAUGCUAUCCACAACCUGAAUGGUCAGACACCCAUUCCUGGUGCGGGACCGAUUGUUGUCAAAUUCGCAAAUAAACCUAAUGCAAACAAAACUGUAAUGAGACCCAUUCAGAGAAUUGGCAUGUCUGCUACACCCAUUGCAUAUAAUGGUGCGGCGGCGGUCUUUAAUGGCACUACUCCAGCAUUUAAUGGUACUAACUUAAGCGCAGCAUUUGGAUCACGACCAGCCACAUUUGCACCUGGCUUUCCCCAAGCUUCACCUCCUCCAUUAUUACCAUCACCUGGAAAAGCUCUACCUUUUAUUAAUAAAGGCCAACAGCGCUUUAAUCCAAUGGCUGCAACCAAUCACACACCAAUACCAUUACUGGGAGCUCCUGCAAGUCCUGUCCCUCUUCUAGGUGCAACUGCAGUUCCACACCAAACAACAGUGUAUGUAUACAACAUUGGUGAAGACACAGAAGAGCUAGCACUGUGGCAGCUCUUUGGCCCAUAUGGUGCAAUAGAUUCAAUAAAAGUGAUCAAGGAUCCAGAGACAAAGAAAAACAAAGGUUUUGCAUUUGUCAACAUGCGUGAGUAUGAUGAAGCUGCAAUGGCUAUCCAGGCCCUGAAUGGCUACACGCUCAAUGGACAGGUUCUUUCUGUUAGCUUUAAGACUCAAAAGAGAAAUAAUAUUUAGGUCAACGGACGUUAUAAACGCCGUAUGUGAUUGUUGGGAGGCCCAAAGCUUAAAGAUUUUCAUUCCAAUCUCAAGAAUAUUUUUGUAGUCGAGACGUGAGAUCCUCUAUGUGCAUUUCAAAUUAGUCACAUAAGUAUUUUUGUAAGAUUUAAUAUAGUUUUCUACUGGCAAGAGCGCAACAUGACUACCUGUGAGUAGAGUUGGCUUAACAUUAUCUUAUAUGUGUACUUUAUCAUAUGAUAUGGUAUCUUAUUAUUUGACUAUGUAUGGCCCUGUCGAAUUGUAUGUAUUAUGGUUGGAGCAGGGAUAGCCUGCCUGUUGCCCUCUCCGCCUGAACCCUCCAGGUAUUUUAUUUUGUGUAAACAAGCAUUGUAUGUUUUUUUUUAAUCUUUAAUAAACUUCAUGUUUAAAUAAUGUGUAUUGUAUAUUUCUC